AUGGAAAAGAUAAAUAAGAAACGAUUUUUGAAAAUUCAACCAAGUUUAGAUAGAAAAGACGGCUCGAUAGGCGAUUCGCAAGUCAGUUACUUGUAUGCGAUCCGAAAAUUCAACUUCAAUGAAGUAGAGUACAGCAUUUACGGGACAGCCAACAUUGUCCUCGGAUUAUUUGGUACAUUUUUCUGUAUAACCGUCAUUUCCAAGAAACUAGAUGUGCAAGACAGCAUUAUCGGUGGAAUGGCAGGGAUCAGCAGGAUAGCAGGAUGCUUAGUCCUUAGUCUGGCUCCCAAUAGGAUGUGGUAUUACUCGGCGCCAAUAUUCAAUAUCUUCAGUCACACUGGUUUAACUGCUGUGAGAUCCAUUGCAACAAAAAUAGUACCUGUGGAAGAAAUCGCAAAACUCAAUUCUGUGAUGGGUGUAAUGGAGUCAAUAGCACCUAUUAUAUACAUGCCAACGUCCAGCGCCAUUUACGUGCAUACAAUAGAGACCUUUCCUGGUGCUUUUUAUUUAGUCGACGCGGCUCUUACUGUUGUAGCCCUCUUAUUUUUUGUG